AUGCCUCCGCACAAAGCGGCAGGUUGUCCCAGCAAAGCCCUGGAGAGGAGGCGGAACCGGCGCGCGGCUUCUGGCCGGUUUUCAAGUGCACGGGGGGAGCAGGACUUCAGGCAGUCUGGACGACCCCACGCGCCCCCGCCUCCAUCGCUUGCGGAUGCACCUGCCCGGGUGGGGCGCAACGAGCCGGCGGCGAGGGCGAGGACCAGCCCCGCGCCCUUAGAGGCCUCCACCGGCCAAGAGAUGGUGGCUCUGCACACCCUUCAGCUGCAGCAGCAGGAGUGGGGCUCGGGGGACCGUCCGGGCGCCCCCGGGAAUCCGCAUGACCUAGACCACGUGCCCACCGCCCCAGCGUGUCGCUCAGGCCCAGGGCUGGCAGGGCCCAGGCGAGGGCGCGAAGAGGAGGGCGGGAGCCGGGGGAUCAGGAAUCUGGGGUCCAGGGAGCAGGCGAGCUCCCCCGAGGUGGAAGCUGUGCGAGGCGCCGAAGGGGGCGCGGAACUGCUGGGCUUCCCCGGGGGCCGCGAGCCCUGCACCCUGGCUGGCGACGCGCAGCCCGCUGGCCCUCGGAGCUGGUCAGAGUGGAGCAGACAGACGCUCCUGGGCCCCCUCCAGCAGGAGCGGUCCUUCCCAUCCGCCUGA